AUGAAGUCCAGUGUAGCAUAUCUCGUUGCAACGGUUUUGGUGCUAGCCACCAUCGGUUGGCAGUGUGCGGCCGCGCAAAGCAACCCUUGGAGACGACAAAACGACAGCUUCGCAACGGAGUCUGCCAGUGAUCGUAGCCAGAGGCUUGGUCUGACCACCGGGUACGGCGGUGUCAACGGAUACGGCUACUCCAGCUCUGGACUUGGCUCCUACACUCCGCUGAAGAUUGAUCUCGGUGGUGUCGUGCUGGGAACGUUGGUCGGCAUUGGCGCUCUACUUCUCCUACCGAAGUUGGUGAACGUGAUCGGAGGCGGUUAUGGGGGCACUGGCCACUACCGUAGCGCCGAUAGCGACCCGACCGGUCUGUCUGAGCUGAUGAACAAGGUUGACGACUAUCUGGCGCAGAACAACAUCGACUCAGGAGCUUGCAUGCAGAAGGCCGUCUGCAGCUACAUCCGGUCGUCCGAUUACCACGCGCAGGUCGGCACAGCUGAUCAGGUUGAGCACAUGAUCCUGGCCAUCUCGGAGAACUCCAUCGUCGACUACAUGCUGGACGGAACGGCGAUCAAGGAGGCGAUCAAGAAUGGAAAAAUGCAGACAGCCCGCUCGUGUGACGACAUGUACUCGACCUGCCCGCUCGAUCGUCAGUCCACGCUGCAGCUGUUCAAGAAAAUGUUCCCGAUCGGUAACUAA